UCCCUCGUCCUCUCCGUCCCCUUCCUCGCUAUAUAUAUCCUCCUCCUCUUAUCACCAACCUCAUCGAACACUCUCCAAUCUCCUCCUCACGCGCACCAACUCCCUUUCCUCCAUUAAUGGCGUCCUCUCUCACCUCCCUCGCGAGUGUUCGGCCCACGAUCGCGGCUCCGAGAAGCUUCGGAGGCUCUCGCCUCCUCGUCCCCUCGUCGUCCUCGGCUUCGUUGAGCUUCCACAAGAGCCACCUCUCGAAGAUCUCCUCCUCCUCCGUGCUCUCCGGUGGCCGCGUCGUCGCCUCGCCCUCUUCGUCCCCCUCGCUCCGGAGCCGAGCCCGAUUCGCCAGCUCGGCGCGGGCCGAGCUCAAGGAGGCUGAGCUGCAGUCUAAGGUCACUAACAAGGUGUACUUUGACAUAAGCAUCGGUAAUCCUGUGGGGAAGCUUGUUGGAAGGAUCGUCAUCGGGCUGUAUGGGGAGGAUGUGCCCCAAACUGCAGAGAACUUCCGCGCUCUUUGCACUGGGGAGAAGGGAUUCGGAUAUAAGGGCUCCACGUUUCAUCGUGUCAUUAAGGACUUCAUGAUUCAAGGAGGAGAUUUUGACAAGGGAAAUGGAACUGGAGGUAAAAGCAUAUACGGGCGUACGUUUAAGGAUGAGAAUUUCAAGCUGGCUCAUUUGGGACCUGGCAUCGUUAGCAUGGCAAACGCCGGACCAAACACUAAUGGAAGCCAGUUCUUCAUUUGUACUGUCAAGACGCCGUGGUUGGACCAGAGGCACGUGGUGUUCGGGCAGGUUCUCGAGGGCAUGGAUGUGGUGCGGCUAGUCGAGUCGCAGGAGACCGACCGCGGCGACCGGCCCAAGAAGCGAGUCAUCAUCAGCGACUGCGGGGAGCUUCCCAUGGUCUGAUCGGUUGAAUCUUAACCCUGCUUUCGUCUCUUUGAAUGAGAAAAAAAGAAGAAAAACACUUGAUGUGUCCACCCCUUAGUUUUGUAGCAAUUUUAAUGAAUGUUGGUAGAGAGAGAGACAGAGAGAGAGAGAGGAGAAGAUAGGGAGGAGUAGAAACUACUGCCCUAUUUGAUGGGCUUCUUAAAGACGGCAAAUGGAUUGUGCCUUAACGGCGCAUUUGCUCUCUGCUUUUACUAUGCAAAGUGAGCAAUAAGAUCCUAUGAAACUGUGAAAGCUAUAAUUCUUUUCUUCUUUUUCACCUCCU